AUGUUGUUCCGCUUAUGCUUAAAUAGCGCCCCGCCUCCCCUCCAAGCCCUCAACACGAUACUUCACCCAGCCAGCUCCCUCCCCUCCUCAGGCUCAGGCAGCGAUAGCCCCUCACCCACAACUGCAUACCCCACCCCACCCCCCCUCCGCCAUGUCCUCCCCCACCCCGCCCUCCCGCCAAAGUACCCCCACCCCUUCUUCACAGACCAUCCGCACCCGCACGACUGGAGCCUUACCGCCUUCCUCGCCCACACACACCCUAUAACCCACCACCCGCAGCGCAUCCUCUCCACCUACCUCAAGUCUCUCACUGCGCUCACAUGCACCCAGGAGCCGGCGCAGCGCAGGCGCGCGGAGGAGCUGUUGAAGAGUUAUCGCGCAAAGGGGCUGGGCUCUGACCGCAUCGCGGCGCAAGAGUGGAUCGCCCGCCGUCACGGAGAGAUUGCGCUGUGGCGUGCGAGCGUGCCAGCGCCGCUGACGGAUAUAGAGCGGGAGGCGCGGCAGCGCGGGCGGCAGGCGUGGAAAGCAGGGAGGAGGGCGGAGAGGAAGGCGUGGACGGAUGCGGAGCGGGAAGAGCAUCGGCUUGGGAGGUGGAUGGCGGCGCCGGGGUAUCGGUAUUCGAGGGCUGCGUGGGGGAAUGUCAUGUGGGCGAUGGGGAGGGGGGGGAGGAGACGGGAACGAAGGUGGAGGGAGAGGGAGGCGGGGAGGGUGGUGGGGGAGGUGGCGAGGAGGGCCGGGUUGGUGGAUGGGGGGCAGGCAAGGGGGUGA